UCUGCCAACAGAUCCGUCUACUCCUCCUUCAGUGUGGUUUGCGUCCAAGGCUGCUUCCCGACGGCGCGGUGCAGGAGAUCCGGGGCAGGGACGUGACUUCGAGGGUGCCUUCUCCCCGCCUAGCAGGGGCUGAUCAUUAACCCAGAGGCAGUAUAAAGAGCAAGGGGCCUGGGCUGGAGGAACGCAUCGCCGCCGCCGCCGCCGCCAUGGACAGUAUCACCUGGAGCUCCAUGACCAACGCCACUGCCGCACCCCUCGCGCCCCACGAGCGCAUCCGCAAUGCGGCCGACAUCUCUGUCAUCGUCAUCUACUUUGUGGUGGUGAUGGCUGUCGGGCUGUGGGCUAUGUUUUCCACUAAUCGUGGGACUGUUGGAGGCUUCUUCCUGGCAGGACGAAGUAUGGUGUGGUGGCCGAUUGGAGCAUCUCUCUUUGCCAGUAACAUAGGAAGUGGCCACUUUGUGGGGCUGGCCGGGACAGGAGCUGCUGCAGGCAUUGCCAUGGGAGGCUUUGAAUGGAAUGCACUGAUUUGGGUGGUUGUCUUGGGCUGGGUGUUUGUUCCCAUUUACAUUAAGGCUGGGGUGGUGACAAUGCCAGAGUACCUGAAGAAACGAUUUGGAGGCAAGCGGAUCCAGAUCUACCUCUCUAUUCUGUCCCUGUUACUCUACAUUUUCACCAAAAUCUCAGCAGACAUCUUUUCUGGGGCCAUAUUUAUCAACAUGGCCUUGGGUCUGGAUCUGUACCUGGCCAUCUUUCUCUUAUUGGCAAUCACUGGCCUUUAUACAAUCACAGGGGGCUUGGCAGCUGUGAUUUACACGGACACUUUGCAGACGGCGAUCAUGCUGGUGGGGUCUUUUAUCCUCACUGGGUUUGCUUUUCGCGAAGUGGGAGGGUAUGAUGCCUUCAUGAAAAAGUAUAUGAAAGCCAUUCCAACUGUGGUUACUGCGGAAAACAUCACCAUCAAAGAAGAAUGUUAUACACCAAGAGCUGACUCCUUCCACAUCUUCCGAGAUCCCAUCACAGGAGACCUGCCGUGGCCUGGGCUCAUCUUUGGGUUGUCCAUCCUUGCCCUGUGGUAUUGGUGUACAGAUCAGGUCAUUGUGCAACGCUGCCUCUCAGCCAAAAACAUGUCUCAUGUGAAGGCCGGCUGUAUCUUAUGUGGGUACAUGAAGCUGCUGCCCAUGUUCCUCAUGGUGAUGCCAGGAAUGAUCAGCCGCAUCCUAUACACAGAAAAAGUUGCCUGCACCGUCCCCUCGGAAUGUAAGAAAUAUUGUGGUACUGAGGUUGGCUGUACAAAUGUUGCUUACCCGACGUUGGUGGUGGAGCUCAUGCCCGAUGGACUGAGAGGCCUGAUGCUGUCAGUCAUGUUGGCCUCUCUCAUGAGCUCCUUAACCUCCAUCUUCAAUAGUGCCAGCACCCUCUUCACCAUGGACAUCUACACCAAGAUCCGGAAGGGAGCAUCUGAGAAAGAGCUCAUGAUUGCAGGAAGGUUGUUCAUCCUGGUGCUGAUAGGUGUCAGCAUUGCCUGGGUACCCAUUGUGCAGUCAGCACAAAGUGGGCAGCUCUUCGAUUACAUCCAGUCCAUUACCAGUUACUUGGGACCACCCAUUGCAGCCGUCUUCUUGCUUGCUAUUUUCUGGAAGAGAGCCAAUGAGCCGGGAGCCUUUUGGGGACUGGUCAUAGGAUUUCUGGUUGGGGUGUCCCGUAUGGUGACUGAAUUUGCCUAUGGAACUGGGAGCUGCAUGCAGCCCAGCAACUGUCCCACGAUUAUCUGUGGUGUGCACUACCUGUACUUUGCCAUCAUCCUCUUUGUCAUAUCUGUCAUCGUCAUCGUGGUUGUCUCUCUCUUCACCAAACCAAUUCCAGAUGUGCAUCUCUACCGCCUGUGUUGGAGCCUGCGCAACAGCAAAGAAGAGCGUAUUGACUUGGAUGCAGGAGAGGAGGACUUUCAAGAAACCCCAGAAGAGACCAUUGAAAUAGAAGUUCCUGAGGAGAAAAAAGGAUGCUUCAGGCGGGCCUAUGACCUAUUUUGUGGCUUGGACCAGCAGAAGGGCCCCAAGAUGACAAAGGAAGAGGAGGAAGCUAUGAAGCUAAAGAUGACAGACACCUCUGAGAAGCCUUUGUGGCGAACAGUAGUGAACAUCAAUGGCAUCAUCUUGCUGUCUGUGGCUGUUUUCUGCCAUGCAUUUUUUGCCUGAGCCUUGCCUUCUGUGGCAGGUUGUAUUCAGGAAGGCCAGACUUUUUACUCUGCCUUCUUUAGUUCUAUUCUGUGGUGUUAAGCUGGUGAUAAAACCGUCAGUUGUAAAUUUUGCCUUGUUGAUAAGUGUGUACAGCUGAAAUUACUGGGCUAACUAAAGAAAAUCAUUAAUUUGCUGUUAACUUAUGUUUUUGAGGCCAGUGUGGUAUCAUCAGCUGUUCAUAUUAGAGCAGCAGAAAGAAAGCCCAACUCAGUCAUGUCCAGGAAAAUGAGCACCAAGAAAGAAACCCUGCCAUGUGUGAUGCAAGUUUUUCUCAGGUAGAUUCAGAAUGUCAGUGUUGUUUGUGAUUAUUGAAUAUUAUUUUAAGAUUGUGAUCUCCCUGGCUCAUGUUCUUUUCCCUUCAUGACCAUCUUUUCUUAAGAAAAAUAUUUACCCUCUCAUUAUAUCCUUGCCAAGUUUUUCCUGGCACAAGAAAAAUCAAUCUGAUAAACAGACGAAAUGCAUUGAAGCUGAAGAUGGGAACUUGAUAGGGUCCCUGUCCUGGAUGCUUUGCUCUCUGAAGGGAAAGCUUGAGGAUGGCAGGACUUACCCCAAAUGGAGGAACCCAGGCACCAGCCUUAGGCCAGUAUGGAAAGUGCAUAAUCUUGAGUCAAGGGGAUUUUCUGGCUUUCUUUAAAAUGUCUGAUGUGAGUUCUUUAUGUUUGCGAUUUCACUUGUCAUUUGCUUUGUCUAGAAUGUCUUGGGCACUCAGUAAUGCUUAUGGACCAAAGGAAUGAUUUGGGCACUUACUUAUAAAUACUUACUUUAUUUUUAUGUAA